GCUAGUUAUCAUGUACUAGAUGUGCCUAUAUAUAUGAACAUUUAAAACACCAUCACUCGCAACAAAUCAGAUCAUAAUUAAUCUCACACCUCAUUUCAACAUGGAGAAUACUCUUCUUCAUAAUUUCCUUCUACUUCUUCCUCUGCUUCUACUUCCUCUCUAUUUUUUCAUCACACUAUUCCAAGGCAGAAAUGUUCAAAACAAACCCAACUUCCCACCUGGUCCUCCUGAGCUUCCUAUCAUUGGUAAUUUACAUCAGCUUACUGCAAAACAGCCUUAUCAAACACUGUCACAACUAUCUAAAAUAUAUGGUCCAGUCAUGCGUCUAAAAUAUGGUCGUGUACCAACAGUCGUAAUCUCCUCUGUUGAAGCUGCCGAACAAGUAAUGAAAACACUUGAUCUUGAGUUCUGUAAUAGAAUUCAAUUUGCUGGACGAAGACGUCUUUCCUAUAAUUAUGUAGACAUCGCUUUAACACCUCAUGGAGAGUAUUGGAGAGAGAUUCGGAAAAUAUGUGCUCUUGAACUUUUGAGCGCGAAAAGGGUGCAAUCUUUUAAGGCAGUCAGGGCUGAGGAAGUUGAUGUUUUGAUUAAAUCCAUAUUAUCUUCUUCUUCAAAUAAUAAUCCUGUUAACGUUUACGAAAAGUUAACAAGUUUUGCGCACCAAACAAUCUGUAGGGUUGCUUUUGGUAGCACAGACGGUCAAAGUAAGAAUAUAUUUGAUAAUGGAAGACUUACACAAGUUCUUGAUGAAGUUGCCUUUUUGACUAGUUUAUCGGCAUCCGACUUUUUUCCCAAGUUAAGUUGGAUUAUUGAUAGGAUCACUGGAAUCCAUCGUAGAACAGAAACAUGCUUUCGUUAUUUGGAUAUGUUUUUGCAACAAGUCUUAGACGAACAUGACAAUCCGCAGGCACUGAAACUGGAGCACGAAGAUAUCAUAGACGUUUUGCUUAAACUAAGAAAGGCUCACACGAGUACAUUUCGUCUCACUAACAAUCAUAUCAAAGCAGUAGUUCUGAAUGUAUAUCUCGGUGGAGUAGACAUAGCAGCUGGUGUAAUGACUUGGGUAAUGGCAGAACUGGCUAAAAAUCCCAAAGCAAAGAAAAAAGUUCAAGAAGAGAUUAGAAGCUAUAUGGGAUCCAAAGAAAAGGUAGAAGAAUCAGACCUUGAUAAUUUCCAUUACUUAAAAAUGGUAGUUAAAGAAACUCUAAGGUUGCAUCCAACACUUCCGUUGCUUACAAGAGAAAGCAUAAAACACAGUAAAAUUGAUGGUUACGACAUAUACCCCAAGACGUGGGUCCUAAUAAAUACAUGGGCGUUGGCGAGAAAUCCAAAAUAUUGGAAAAAUCCUGAGGAAUUCUUGCCUGAGAGAUUUAAAAAUAGCUCAUUUUCUCUUGGUGAAAAUCAAAAUUUCGAGUACAAGCCUUUUGGGGGAGGUAGAAGGAUUUGCCCAGGAUUGAAUAUGGGCAGUGUGUUAACAGAGCUUGUCCUAGCCAAUAUAUUGUACACUUUCGAUUGGGAACUUCCAGAAGGAUUGAACACUGAAGACUUGAACAUGGAAGGAUUAUCAGGUACUAGAUAUCCUCUAGAGCUUUUACCCAUCAAGCAUGUGGUAAGCAAAUAUGAUUAAUUAUUUGAAAAUAUAUUUUUGUGUUAAUGCAUGAUAUUGCAUGGGUUAUAGUGAACUAAAUAUAUAGUAAGAAAGAUAUUGCCGGGUUGCUUCUUAUUUUACUAUAUAAAAUAAAGUUUUCUAAGUAAAGCUAGAUAACUUGGCCUGUCAUCUUUACUCUUGUAAAAGAUAAAUUUAUGGUUGUAAUUGUCUAUAUAAUUAAUGUUUAUCAUUAAAUAUUGAAAAGGCAAGUAAGAUUCUUAA